AUGGCGACUGAAAGCGCUGCAAUUCAAUCCGCUCUUUCGAUCUCAACGAAGGGUAAUUUUAAGUGGCAUGGUAAAUUUGAGGAUCUUCAAGAAUUUAUCAACGAGCAACUACAAACCCAGACAAAGUGGUCGUCGCCAGGAGGCAACUCAAAGCUUUUCGAGAACGAAGCGGUCAAAAUUAGAUGGUAUGCGAAUACGUCCUCGCUUACUAUUAAAGGAAUUGAUUGUGAACAGCUGAAGGACAAAUUGCGAGCAAUUGCUAGGACAGAGUCUGAUGAAGAUAAUGCUAUAUCGUUGAUCGACAAAAACAACCUCGACAUUGGCAUACAUAAUGAAGUCGAAAGGUCAAUCAUUAUUGAAGGCGAAGACUUCUCAGCUCGUACACUCAAUUCAAGCUCUCAAGUAAUUGACUUAUCAACGCAACCAAAUCAAAGUUUAAUCUGCAGUGAACUUAUAGAGAAAAUAAAGGAUUUGAAACUGGACUUUAACAUCAAAAUCAGUGCGUUAACGCAAGAAGUAUCUAGUAUACAAAACAAACGGAAGGCGUAUGCUAACGAGUCGCUCCUCCACGAAAAUCGAGAAUUAAAGGAUGAAAACAAAUCCCUGCUGCAAAAGGUCGCUAACUUGUCCUUCAUAGUAUCCGAUUUAAACACCAAACUUAAAGAAUCUGAAAAUGAAAAACAGUCUUUAGUCACAGUCCUUAAGUUGGUGAAUCUAGACCAAAGUACCCACGAUCAAAAUUCUCAUGGGACCUGGAAAACGCA